GACAAAGCACGAUCCCCAGCUGAUCCGACCCAGACAGGUCCCUGCUGCAUGAAAACUCUCCCGACAUAGGCGUCAGGAUCCCAGACUGACUGUGGAGGUUUAAACUCCUGGGACGCGAAUGAAGAAACUUCUCCUGCUUCACUUCACGUACAGAGGUUUAGUGAGAAAAGGGAAAAAGAGUAAAAGAAGAAAAUGGAUCGUUUUAAAUUGCGUAAAGCGGAACCAAAAGAUGUGCCUGACAUACUACGACUCAUAAAGGUAGGCCGGAAACUCCCCCUAAAAACUUUGACAAGGAGUUGACCCAUCCUUUAUUAUUAUUUUGUAACCCUGGCUAGGCUAAGCCCAGUCGAAACCGUUUUGUUAGACUGCAUUCAGAGAUAAACUCCGCACAUUUGUGUCUGUCUUGAAGGUGACGUAAAUACCGACAAUUUCUGCUGCAUAUCCGUAGGUAUCACAGUUUUGUACCUUUGUGUUUAUUACGUUGGCAACGAGGCCGGUUUUUUUUCCGUUUGAUGGUGUGGUGAAAACGGUCAACGCUGUUCUCUUCGUUGACGGUCCCUUAUCUCAGUGAAUGAUCAACGUUACGCUAUUGACUCGCUCUUCUUGGUUUUUAAUCUGUAAUGUUUCUUCUGUUCAGGAACUGGCUAAAUAUGAAGAAAUGGAAGAUCAAGUGAUACUGACUGAGAAAGGUGAGUCUGAAUGAAACUAAAGCAUUUCUGUCUCGGUCACCGUGUGAUUGACUGCAGUGCAUACAGAGUUUAUAAGGCGUUUAUAACGGUUGUAAUAACAGAUCUGCUCGAGGACGGAUUCGGUGACCAUCCAUUUUACCACUGCGUCGUGGCCGAAGUCCCCAGUGAGCAGCAGAGCAACAACAACGGUAAGAGAUUCUCAUAUCCUCCCCUGGAGCACACCUGUAAAUCUCAGAGGAUUGGAUGGAUAUGCUGAUUGUGACAGACAAGUAUUGUAUUAUAGCAAACUGUAUCAGAUGGGCUUGACUGAAACGGUGCCUCACCUAUGCAUAGAAGAACGUUUCUGCCCCGCAGGGAUCCCUGACAUAUAGCUACUUCCCCUAUGCAAGACAUGAAUCAAACAUGUUAGCCCAGUUUGUACUGUAUAGAGACAAUAAUGUACUGUCCUUACUCUAUAGACACACCCCUAUCCUUACAAUAGUUAUAUUGAUGUGGUACACAAUGACAUGACAGUUGGUGUCUGGAAGUAACUAGGUGUUUUGUUUGAUACGUUGUUGCUGUACACGCACACACAAACAUGUGUGUACAUGUGUCGAGGCCUACUUCCUGUUAUGAAUGUGGAUGUCACUCAGAUGUAGGCCAGACACACUUGUGUAAUACACACCCACUAACCAACUUCCGUUGGAAGCUUUUCUGAGCUAGAACAGCCUGCCUCCAUGCAUAGGUUCUCACAACACAACCAACUGACACGUCACCUCUCUACACAGUCCCCUGGCCUCACUAAAACCAGACUGAGUUUACAGCUGAAAGUAUAAGUUACUCUUAACCAUAGAUCUAUGAGCAGUUCUGCCCUAACCACCCUUAACCAUUUAAGGAAAAAUGCUAAACUGAUCUUAGAUUAGUAUCUUGGGGUAACUCCGGUACGAGCUCUAUGUUACAUUACAUCUGGCUUGUUUUUAUGUGUGUGGGUUUACUUCUGUGUGUCCAGGUCCUGUGGUGAUUGGGUUUGCCAUGUACUACUUCACCUAUGACCCCUGGAUCGGCAAGCUGCUUUACCUGGAAGACUUCUUUGUCAUGAAAGAGUACAGGGGUAAGCAAAAUAAUGUUAUUUUCCUCUCCUGCUCUCUCUCUUUCUCCCUCCUAUCCUCUCUGACCUGACCAGUAACCAUAAUCUCUCUCCUUCAUGCUUUUACCAGGGUUUGGCAUCGGCUCAGAGAUCCUCAAGCUCCUCAGUCACGUGAGUAACUUAGGAGUUAUGACCCACUACAAACUGGAGGGUAACUGUCAGUCAGUUGUUACACAGCUCAGGCCAGACUGUUGUAGAAGUAGGUCAAUGCCUCAAACAGAAUCCUGUACUUUCUGUAGAGCCCAUUUCAGCAAGUUAUGAUUCUUUGUACAGACCGUUGAUUCUGUUCUUGUUCUGUGUGUUUGUUUGGUUAUUGUUGUUGAAAUAAUCAAUUAAUGUGUGUUGGGAAAAGAGGAGAUGUAGUUUUAAGAGAAAUGGUGUUGGCGGAAAAAGCUGAUUUAGAUGUGGACGGCUUUGUGUGAGGGGAGGGGAAAGCUCACAGAUCACUGUCAGAUACAUGUGUGCUAACACCUGCUCUCCCUUCCUCUCUCCCCCUCAGACGGCAGUCAAGACUCGCUGCAGCAGCAUGCACUUCAUCGUCGCCGAGGGCAACCAGGCGUCGAUAGAGUUCUACAAGCGUCGUGGCGCCGCCGACCUCUCUCUGGAGGAGGGAUGGAGACUCUUCAAGAUCGACAAAAGCUCCCUCCUCAAGAUGUCCUCCGGCCCCGAAGAGUGAGCUGGCCCUGAGACACAUAGAAAGAUGGGGGUGGGAGUGAGAGACUUGGGGUCAAUUCCAUUUAAAUUCAUUUAAUUCUUUGCCUGUCUCUCACUUCAGCUGUGGGGUGGGGGGUGUGACUACUGACAGUAGAUUACUAUUAAAAGGGGCAUUAAACCUUACUAAUCAUAUGUGUGCACUAACUUUCUCAAUCUAGUUGCACUUAAUUUAGGGUUCCAUUUAUAUAUUUUUUUAGAUCGCGUAUUUUAUCUGUGGCCAUCGUUUUUAGUAGUUGUAGUACAAGUUUACGUUUUUGUUUUUUUUGCUAAUCAAUGCACCUUAGGAUUCCUAGCUUUCUCUGUAAUUUGAAUGUUUAUUAUGCUGUUGGUGGAAUUAAAAGGUUCAGAGCACAUUUGUGUGGUGACUGAUUUCUCUAGAGCUAUGCGGGGAAAUGAAGUCCCUGGC